AAGUAAUAAAACAUUAAUGUAGAUAAUAUUCUCAGUUAUUACAAUACCCCCUGACUUUGAGAUUUCCAGCAACUAGGAGGAUGGAGGCAACUUCCAACCGGAAAGAAAAAGAUGCCCAAAACAAAACCGUGCAACUUCCAACCGGAAAGAAAAAGAUGCCCAAAACAAAACCGUGUGCGUCAAUAAUUCUCCAUUGACUUGCUAGAAAAAAAAAAUAUAUAGGUCUUCCUUCUCCUCCAUAAGCUUUACACUUCUGAGUUCCCCUUUGCUUAAUCUGUCUGCAGCUUCCUCAGUUUAGCCACAAGCUACAGAUCCGGUACCAAUCUUGUGCUUCUUUGCUUUGCCUUCAGCUCCACUUAUUUUCAACUUCCUCACCUCAUUUUGCCAGUUGAUCUGGAGGUAUAUAUACACGACAUGUUUUUUAUUACUGUUUUUCUCUCUUGGAUGUAUAGAAGGUUUAAUUUCUGUUUGAAUCUCUGCUAAACAUAUGGGUAUACAAAAAUUGUCU